AUGAAGACAGGCAGCGUAAUUAGUACUGGUACACCACUACAAACUCUCAUGGACAUGCGUUCGUUGAUCCACCAGGGCUUGUCCCCGAGCAGCAGCAGCGGCUCUGCUCCAGCUUCGAGCUCCAACUCCAGUGCAACCCUCAACAGCAGCUUUCCCACCUCCUCUGCGCUACCUGUGCCGUCCUUCCCGGCUAUGCGGCCGCAGCCGACUAUUUUCCAGCGCGCUGCCGCUCCAGGCGCUGCAGUUCCGCAGGCACCGACACUAGCGCCGCUUCGCUUUAUCAUACCCAGUUCUCGCACUACAAACAGCUUUGGUACCGGUCUUACGGCCGCCAUCCCGUCCGCCUCCGCGAAUCCACCCCUCUAUAGCACCUUAAACGAUCCUGAGCGCGAGCCGCUGCCACAACAUUCGUUGCUUUACCCGCAGGACCGAUUCGCUACCAAGACGGAGGAACAGCAACUCUCCCCCACGGGUGAAAACAUGCUGAACGGCCUCAGCCAGACCAAGAAGAUCACACCCAAGCGCACUCGUCAACCAAAGCUCUCGAAUCGUUCCACCAAGAGCAAAGCUCGCCCAGGUCUCCGCAAGGGCAAGUGGACAGAAGAGGAGAGCCGAUACGCUGCCCAGCUCACUAACUACUUUAAGGAAGGACUUUUGCCUAUCGAGAGAGGCACAAUGCUGCGUCUCUACCUGUCACAGAAGCUCAACUGUGAGCCCAUGCGUAUCACUAAGAAGUUCACGGGCGGAGAGUGUAUCGGCAAGCAAGUUUACCGUCCGUGCAGCCCCACUCCGGGGUCCCGUGUGAGGAUCAUGCAGGCACAACUCGAGCUGGUGGCGCUUGAGGCUGCGUUCAUCAAGCGACUUAAAGAGAACCGGGAGGACCCUCCCAUCGCAACAGACGAGUUCGACGUGCGGUGUGGGUCAUCUAGCAAUAGGUCACGACCCGUCCCGCUUAAGCCCCGCAUGUUCCAGGACAAAGAGGGAGACGAAGAGGACGCCAAUGCCGUGGGAUUGCUUCUCGACUUUUUCUACAAGGCCAAUCGAAACGAGAAGAAGGAAGGCAAGCGUGCUUCUGCGGAUAAGGACGACGAAUGUUCUUCCAGUAAGCAAACUGAGGCGAAGGAAGGAGCAGUAGCAGAAGAGGAACAAAUCGUGAAGGAACCUAUAGAGACGACUGCGCCGACCUCACCGAGCACCACCGCAACCAACAGCGAGAACGACACAGCGAUCAAUUCCCCGACGAAACGAAUGCGCGCGCUCUCGGUUAGCUGCGUUGACCCUGCAGCGGCCAAGCGCUCACGCAUCGGCUCCUUCUCCACUGUCACGGCUGCAUAGAGAACAUUGACCGAUCAGAGGGAGAGAGAGAGCUAUAGAAAAGUGUUAGAUGCCUGGAAUUUUUAGCCUGUUUUGUCUAGCCUUGCAUGUCAUCACGUAACUAGAACACGAGAACCUUAUGAACUCCCAUC